AUGCAAUGCCAUGAAGAAGCGACUUGUGACAUCAAAGAUGGAGUUCGUAACUGCUACUGCAACAAUGGAUUUACUGGUGACGGUUUGACGUGCAAACGAGAUGCCGGAGUGUGCAGGGCCUGGGGAGAUCCUCACUACGUCACCUUUGACGGCGUGGAGUACGAUUUCCAAGGCGAAUGUGAAUAUACACUUGUCAGGGACUGUUGGAACACGUCUGGCCUCCCGUCAUUCCACGUGAUUGCGAAAAACCUGAAAAGAAAGCCCUCGGAGCGUGUUUCCUUCACGCGAGAGGUUGUCCUAGAGUUUGGAGGCAGACGGUACGCUUUACUGCAGCAACGAGAGGUUCGAAUUGACGACGUAGCUGUGUCACUACCAGUUCUGGAUUUGAAUGGAGUCAGCAUUCGAAAAUCAGGAAAGGAAUUGUUGCUGACGACGAGUUUCAACCUUGAGAUUCAGUGGAAUGGCAAAUCCAUCGUUUUGGUAACAGUUCCAGAGACGUACUGGAACAGAACAUGCGGCCUUUGCGGUACCUUCGACGGAGAUCGAGAGAAUGAUUACAGGCUGCCUGACGGAUCACUGGUUAAACAUCGCAACGAUUUUGGCCAUAGCUGGGCUAUAGACAAGGUGGAGUGCGAGCCGCCGGUUGACCCACAGCCUUGUCUUGAGGAGUCUGAGCGCUAUCGCCAAGCUGCUGAUCUCUGCUACAUACUGAUUGACGAAACAGGCCCAUUUGCACCUUGCCACGAUUAUGUGGAUCCUGGACCUUAUCACGAGUCUUGUUUGUACGAUCUGUGCGAGACCCUUCCCGAUGAUGAUUUGCUAUGUGACAGCGCGGAGAGUUAUGCGGCAGCUUGCCGUUCAGCUGGAGGAAGCGUGGCCGACUGGAAAAGGGAGGCAGAAAUUUGUCAGCUGGAGUGCCCCAGCGAGCUGAUAUACGAGGCUUGUGGUACAGCGUGUCCAGCUAACUGCCAGGAACGUCAAGGAAAUGCUGACUGCCAGCAGACUUGCAUCGAAACCUGCCGUUGUCCGGAUGGCCUGCUCCUCGAAGGAGAUCGUUGUAUCCAGCCUUCUGAAUGCGGUUGUCUCCUGGCAGAUGGAGUGACCUACCUUCCAAUUAAUGGAGUCUGGGUUUCUCCUGGAUGUGAUGAGAAAUGCCAUUGUGGCGUCGAUGGUUUGGUACAGUGCUCAAGUUUACAAUGCGACGAGUCGGCUUUAUGCGACAUCAAGAACGGUUUCCGUGAUUGCUAUUGCAAGGAUGGAUUCGUUGGAAAUGGUGUUGAGUGCCUGAAAGGUUCCAGAGUUUGCACAGUGUGGGGAGAUCCCCACUAUAUCACAUUUGACGGAUUCAAGUAUGACUUCCAAGGGGACUGCGAAUACACGCUCGCCAGGAAUUGCAGCCAGCUCUCGGAAUCUUUCCACCUGUCGGCGAGGAAUGUCAAGAUGAAGCCCUCCGAUCCGGUGUCAUAUACCGAAGAGUUGAGACUACAUUACAGGAGUGGGGAAUACUCACUGCGUAGGAGGGGAGAGCUUCGCAUUGACGGGGUGGUCGUCACACCACCGGUCGAACGUGCAGAUGGUGUCCUGAUAUUGCAGGACGGAUACAAACUGACAUUGGCAACAGCGUUUGGAUUAUCCAUUCGUUGGGAUGGCCAUCGUACCGCUGAGAUAUCACUACCCUCUCACUAUGCUAACCAAACGUGUGGCCUCUGCGGUAACUUUGAUGGUAACUCAGAGAACGACUUCGUUACUCCGGAUCACCUAACGGUCCCGACUGCAAAUGAUUUUGGAAACAGCUGGGCAACAUAUCCUGAUCAAUGCUUCGAUGAGAUCAUAGUACCGAGUCCAUGCGACGAGGAACCGGAAAACAAGGAAAGAGCGCAGGAUUUGUGCUACGUCAUCAUUGACGAGACAGGCCCAUUUGCUUUGUGCCACGACUUCGUUGACGCUCGACCGUAUCACGAGGCUUGCGUCUAUGACCUCUGCGCCUACCUGCCGAACGAUAACUUCCUCUGCGACAGCCUGUCACAAUAUGGAGAGGCCUGCCGCAACAGGGGCGUGGAAAUUAGAAAUUGGAGGGUGGAAACACCACAGUGUGCAUAUCCUUGCCCGGAUGGUAUGCAUUACGAGCCCUGUGGACGUGCUUGUCACGACACUUGCGCAAAGCGUCUCAUGGAAGACAUGUGCAAUCAGACUUGCGUGGAGACCUGCCGUUGCCCCGAGGGAAAGGUACUGGAAGGAGGGCGCUGUGUCUUGCCAUCAGAGUGUGGGUGCGUUCUCCAGGAUGGGACCUAUCUAAAGAGAGGAGAUAAAUGGUUGAGUGAAGACUGCUCGACGAGAUGUCACUGCAACGGGACCCAAGCAUUUUGCGAAGACAACGUUUGCCACGCCAAGGCCAAAUGUGACAUCUCAAACGGCGUGCGGGACUGCUUCUGUAAGAAUGGGUACUUUGGUGACGGAAGGGAAAAUUGCACCAGGGCUCCUGGUGUGUGCUACAUCUGGGGUGACCCGCACUACAAAACCUUCGACGGUCUCCAAUUCAACUUUCAAGGAGAGUGCGACUACACCCUCGUGGACGUUUGCGGGAAUCAGACUUCGACACCUGCCUUCAAGAUAACGGCAGAAAACGUCAAGAGAAAGCCAGAAGCUGAAGUGACUUACACAAAGAAGUUAAAACUGAACUUGUGCGGGAAGGUUUUUACGCUUGCUCAAAAUGGUGUAACGAGUGUUGACGGAGUUGACAUCAAGCUGCCCUUCGUGUCCCAAGAGGGCGUCACUAUCCUAUUCAGUGGUACCGAAACGGUGAGCCAUAUUAGAACAGAUACUGGAAUGGCACUUGCAGUAAUAAACGAUUAUUUGAUUUCUGGUUCAUGUUUAGGGGUCAAAGAUAUCUUCACUAUAGACUGGGACAUCCUGUCCACCAACUUCGGAUUGUCCAUUCGCUGGGACGGUAGACAUACAGCUAAAGUCACAGUCCCGUCUGAAUACAGCGGUGCAUUGUGCGGACUCUGCGGGAACUACGAUGCAGAUCAGGAUAAUGACUUGAUGCUAUCCGACGGCACUGUUGUCACAAAUCUGCUCACUUUCGGUCAAAGUUGGACCGUUGAUAGCUCAAGGUGUACCUCUGAUCCGGUUGACGCAGAACCCUGUGAAGGGUAUGCAAAUGUCACGCUCGGGCAGGACUUAUGUUUUAUCAUGAAGCAGCAAGACGGUCCAUUUUUGGAGUGCAUUCCUUAUCUCAAUCCAGAUCCAUAUUACGAUGCGUGCGUGUACGACGCAUGCGCGACCUUGCCAGAUCUUGACAUAAUAUGCGACGACAUUAGCGUCUAUGCCGGAGCCUGUGCCCGUCUGGGAUAUCACGUGAUUCCGUGGAGAAAAGAAGACUUUUGUCCCUUGCAUUGCCCAGGCGAACUGCAUUACACUCCCUUCGCGCCGCAGUGUCCCGAAACCUGUGCAGACCACGACGCACCUCCAGAUCCCGCCCUCUGUGGUUCUGCCCGAGAGGGCUGCGUCUGCCCGCCUGGCUACCAACUCGACAAUCAGGAAUGCCUUCCCGAGAGUCAAUGUGGCUGCUCUGAGAAUGGCUUCUACUAUUCUGCUGGAGACAGAUGGGUUCGGGAGAAUUGUACACAUGAAUGUCUCUGCACCGACGCACAGACAAUUGAGUGCCAAACACUACGGUGCCAUUAUGACGCAAGCUGCUGGGUCAUACGGGGUUACCGCGCUUGCGUCUGCGACACCGGCUUUGUUGGGAACGGCCUAAACUGCACACAAGUUGCAGAGCCAACCACAGUUAUGCCGACGACUUUGAGCAAGUUGUCAACAGCCGAAGAUACCACCGAGCUUGAGCCAUCUACUCUUUCUGAUGAGAUAACGCACAGUGGCCAAACUAUUUCUUUCUUGGAGACGACCACAGAUCAGUCAACGACAGAGAAAAUGACACCGCCGUUCACAGAACAGUCGACGACAGUCGAGCGAUCCGCAGAAACGACACGGGAGUCGACAACACCUUUCAAGCCAGUCACAACGGCCCAGAAGCCAGUUACAACUCAACAACAGUUUACAACGGACCGACCAAUAACAACACAGCCAGGAGACAGCACAACCUGGCAGCCAAUGACAACGGCACAACAGCUUACUACGCAGCCAAUCACGACAAUGGAGCCGGUAGUUAUUACUACCCAGCUGCCAAUCAGCACACAGCAGCCAAGCGUAACAACUGAACAGCCAAUCACCACGGUCCAGCCAACCACUGCGCCACCCACUACCCCAAUCCCAACACAAUCCCAAACAACCCUGGAACCGACAACGUUGUACAACUUGGCCGUGACAAAUAAAAACAGUAGCUCACUGACGGUGUCAUGGACGCUGUUCAUCAGACUUUCGACUCUACGGGUCGAAUGGCGCCCUCUGUCAGAGGGUUCAGAAUUUAAGAGGGGUCCGACUGUCCUUUCAAGUGUUACCGAGUACACAAUUACAAACCUUCUCGCAUCCACGACGUACGAAAUCCGUCUGGCUUUGCCGAUAGGUGGAACAACACUUUACGGGGACUCAGUUUUUGAAAGUUCCUGUCCUGAAGGAUUCACAAACUUGCUCUGCACAGAAGAUAUUUCCAUUUACGACCUCACGCUAGUAACGGCCACCAGCAGCUCUCUCUCGUUGUCAUGGCAACUGACUGGCGCGACGGACUGGAAUCAGGUGGAGUACCAGUUCACUUCCGAUAUUGCCUGGCGCCAGGGGGCGGUCCUGACAGGCAUCACCACAGCGGCCACGCUGUACGGCCUAGAGCCGCAGCAGACGGUGCUGGUCAGGAUUCACGCCCGGAAACUGGACGGCACUGACGCCUACACAGACGAAAAGACCUUCGAGACCUGCAGUAAUUUCUACCAGGGAGUUACAUGCGAAGAAUCGCUGCCGUACGAUGGCAGCAUCUUCAGCCGCGGCAGCUCGUCCCUGACCUUCCAGCUCGACUCCAACCUGGAGGCGGAGACGGUGACUGGCCAGUACCGGUCAGGCUCUGCCUUCUCCCGCCAGGCCUGGCAGACCGGCCCGACCGUGCCAGCCUCCCGCGAGGUGUACAUCCUGGACGGGCUGAGCCCCGGCGUUGGCUACAGCGUCCGCUUCGUCUUCGUGGGCGGCGGCGGGAACGUGACCAUCUCGCAGGCUUUCAGCGCGGCCACCUGUGCGAACGGCCUGCAGGGCGUGAACUGCGAGGGCGAUUACUCUGCUGGUGCCUACGAUCUCAAGCUGAUUGAAGCAACCAGCUCUUACAUAACGGUCUCUUGGGAGCUAGACGUCGAGAUUGCUUCAUACGAGGUCCAGCUCCGCCAGCAGUCAGAGGCCGAGUGGACGACGGUGGCUCGGUUGUCGCCGGGACGCCAGGCGAUUACGGUCGAGGAACUCUCCCCGCUGACUUACUAUGUCGUGCGGGUCGUGAUCAGCCUGCCCGGGGAGCUAGAGGACGUUUUCAGUGCUGAGCUGGUGGUGCUGACCUGCUCGAGGAAUUACAAUGGGAUCAACUGCGAAAAUUAUGUCCCCACAACGCUUGCACCAACCAUGGCCCUGACCACGCCCUUCAGGGACACUUUCAACGUGACGUCUGUGAACAGUAUCUCCAUCACCGCCACGUGGGACACCUCGUCUGGCGUGGCCUUCGUGCAGCUGCAGUUCCGCGUGCUCAACACGCUGAGCUGGCGCAACGGCACGCUGACCUUCGGCCAGCACAACGUCUACGUGCUGACUGACCUGCAACAGGAAACGUCGUACGAGAUCCGGGUCCUGUACGGCCUGGACUCGGUGGUGAUCGCCAGUGACAUCAUCGCGACGCGCACGUGCCGCCGGGGAUGGCAGGGCAGGACGCAGUGUGACACAGACUACAGCACAAUUGGAGCAUUCGACGUUCUCCUGACGUUGGCCACUAGCUCUUCUCUCGAGAUCUCGUGGGAACUGAUGGUUGAUGCGGACUGGAAUAUGGUUCAGUUCCAGCUAGCAGGAGACUCUAUAUGGCAGAACAGCACCCUUCUUCCUGGCGAAGCAACCGCCGCCAGCAUAUUGGACCUGUUACCGGGCAGCGCCUACUCAAUGCGAGUGCUCACCAAGCGCAUUCUCGGCGGUAUCGAUUCUUCUCGGAAUCGACGCCAAGCGCAAGAUGGAGACAUCGGAAUCAGUGCGUCUGUCUUAUACGCUACAUGCCUCGAGGGGACUUUGGGACUGAACUGUGAACAAGAAGUGGUAACGGCGACCGUCGCACCUGAAGCACCGUUGCAAACACUUUUGUACGUCAUGGUUGGGGUGCUGGCCAUCUGCGUGGUUGUGCUGUUCGCCAUGAUGGCGUGGCUUCACCGACGAUGGAGCAGGCGGCCAGCUUUACGGCUGAAGCGGUUCCCGGUUGACGUUCAGCCGAGCGACCUUCAGAUGAGACGACAAGUGGACAAUAACAUCGCCUUUGCAAGCGAGGCAGCGUCCCAGCACGAUGAGCGGUUCGGUGCUGUUAACCACGGCCGGCAGCCGUACUACGACAAUGAGGCCUUUCCGCCUACGCCUACGCCCACAGGCCGCACAGAACGCCCAGAGAUGCACGAUCCAAUCAGAUCCCACGAUUCGAGAGAUGAACGCGAUCGUGCGCGCCCGGCGUACAACAGCGACAUGACUUACUGACAAACUUCUCUCUUUUUCUGCCCACACAGUUGGUAAAAUGGCUUCGUAGGCUUAAAAUUUAAGAAUGGGUUGGACAUUUCCAUAAAUUUACAGACGACUAACAGCAGGUAGUGCCGUUGGCAACAGCUAUAGUUUUUAGACGCAUUAAGAAUUUUUAAACACAGGAUCUUGUCUCGUCAAAUACUGGCUAUUAAAUCCUCGUCCCCAAGGACAAUUUUCAAAAUAAAUCUGGCAAGUUUGAAAUUUAUGUGUAGUAGCAUAUCAGUUGUUUCAAUUUGUUUGGUUGUAUAAUGUGAAAUGCAAUGUGAAUUACAAAAGAUCACUAGUUUAUAGGUACAGCAUAUUUCUUAUAUUGAAAAUUGAUUCAAAAGGAGGUAUUUUUUACCGUAAAGAAGAAACAGGAAAAAUGGUUGUUAAUUAAUGAUGGUACUUUAUCUUUUGUAAAUCUUUUUGUAGCACGCGUAGGAGUCGGUAUAUUUGCAUGAAAGGUUUUAAAGUUUUUUUCAACUUAUUUCACUGAAGCUAAUAUAACAGCUCCAUUUGUAAUAUCCUUGUAGUGUAAUAGUCCAAAGGCCCGUCACGCUUCCAGACUUUCCAAGCGUCAGCAAUGUUUUGUGAUCUAUUUUAUUUGCAGGAAUUAUCACAGUGGGUUUCAUAUUAUCACAAAUAGCCUAUUCUCGGGAGAAGAACAGUGACCUGGUCGAUUGAAGUAUGUUGUAUAGGCUCAGUACAAUACACAUGCACCUUUGGGAAUUGGGCCUGACGAAUCAUAUUAUAGAGACGGAAUCAUUUUAAGGUUUUUUGAUGCCCAAACGUUUUAGAGACGGAUUAAGGACCAAAGCAGCAUUUGAGCAGUUUUAUGGGCCAAGUUCAAAUUUCUAAUCAAUCCGCUUCGAAUAAAACAGAAGGGAGGGUGGAAUUCAGCAUUUAUCAAUCAAGUAUUUUAUCAAUCUAAGCGUACUUGUGUUACUGCACUGAACCGACUGCAAGACCUUCGGUUUACUGUUCAUUUUCUUCCCGAGAAAUGCAUUAAACUUAUCGAUGCUUGUUCAGGUCCAAUCAAAAUAGAAUAAAUGAAUCUUUUUUGUUGAGUUUCGGAAGAGCAUUUUCGUUUUGUUAGGAGCCUGUUUGUAACUGAUAAGGCAGGACCACCGUAGCUCAUGCUUUUUAUCUAACCUGAUUUAGUUCGAUUUCAGUAUGCAAUGUUCCUCAAACGGAAGAGUUCUUUUCAUCAUCUGGCCGUUAUAACCACAUAUUUACAUAUCAUUUGGAGAUUCGCAAUUGACUUGGCAAAAUCCGCAAUCCCUAGCUGUUCUUUUCGCUAAAUCUGAUUUCAGUUCAAUUUUUAUGUGCAAUGUCCUCCAGGAAAUUGUCAGUCCGAAAUUACUAUUCCUAUACAGCAAAAGCUUUGUCAAAAAAUCCUUGGAUAGUCCGCGUGCGUCAUGCCCGAGAAAAUUAAGUUAGAAAAUGCCAGUGUUCGAAAUUCCUCGUAACAAAAAGGAUGGACGUAAUUGCACUUUGCUGUAUGAGUUUUGUUUGUUGUCCCUUACAAUGUGCCUCAGUAUCGCAUCGUGGCAGCGCUAUCCUUGGGUCAAGUACGUUGCAUUGUGACCGUUGACCGUUCAACUAAGUAGCAACA